AUUGAACAAAGGUACCCCCGAUCACAAGAUUGGAUUUUAGAACUUACAUUUUCGACAUCUUCAGUCUUUUCAUGUCAGUAAAAUCAUUCAACCAACAAAAUAAAAAGAUAACCGAUCUUUGCUUUCCGGUUGCACUUUAUCUAUUUGAAGAAAUGAUUCAAGUUUUAUUUACACUUGUGUGUGCCGAAAUGGUAUUGAUUCUGAGCCUUCUGUUUAGAAGCCCUUUGAGGCAGUUGGUGAUCAUGGGAUUGGAUCGUUCGAAGCAGGGACGAGGGCCAUUGGUGGUGAAGAGUGUGGGAGGAACCAUUCUCGUCUUCUUUAGCUCUACCAUAUACAGUGUGUGCAGUGUGCAGAAGAAACGCUCAAUUGAUGCAGGCUUUGUUAAUCCCACUGAUGAGGUUCUUAUGGCAUACCGUCUAUUAGAAGCAUCUCUUAUAGGGUUUUCCCUAUUCUUGGCACUGAUGAUAGAUAGGCUGCACUACUAUAUCAAGGAGCUCUAUCGACUUAGAAAUUACAGGGAAGAAGAACUGAAAAAGGAAUGCAAUGAGCAGAGCAAGAUCAGGAAAAGCAGCAUGCACGGUACUGCCCCAGUGAUCAAAAAGAUCGACAUAAGAGCCUAAUAAGCAGCCCUGGCAGAACCUUUGGAUGGUACUAACUAAAAUGUCGAAGAUUAAUACAAAAUUAUAAAUACAGGUUGUAUAUACGCAUUACAUCGUUUACAUGUGGAUAUAUGAACAAUUAUAUGCUGCAAAUAUUUUACAUUAA